ACUUUUCUUUUAACAUCAUCAACAUUGAAGAGUCAGAAAAUUAAAUUCUUGAAUUGUUUCAUUGUUGAGAAUUAGCUGAAAAUCUAAUUGUCAAAGUGUUCAUAGCCGUGAAUUAAAUUUCUGGGAAUUUGAUUGUUGUUUUCCUGUUGGAGAUAUGACGCUAGAGACUUUACCGGGGAGUUCGGGGUAUCUGGAUUUGUUUCCAGAGAGAAGAAUGUCAUAUUUCAGUAAUCCUUAUGUUCUUGGACUUACUGUGAUUGCUGGAAUUGGUGGCUUGCUCUUUGGCUAUGACACAGGUGUAAUAUCAGGGGCCCUUCUUUACAUAAAAGAUGACUUUGAGGUUGUCAAUCAGAGUAGUUUCCUGCAGGAAACUAUUGUCAGCAUGGCCUUGGUAGGUGCAAUGAUUGGAGCUGCAUCUGGAGGUUGGAUUAACGAUGCUUAUGGGCGUAAGAAGGCUACACUUCUUGCGGAUGUUGUCUUUACAGCUGGAGCCAUUGUCAUGGCCGCUGCACCUGAUCCGUAUGUGCUGAUAUUGGGGCGAUUUUUAGUUGGCCUAGGUGUGGGUAUAGCAUCUGUGACCGCUCCCGUGUAUAUUGCCGAAGCAUCACCCUCAGAAGUAAGGGGAGGGUUAGUUAGCACAAAUGUGCUCAUGAUAACCGGUGGACAGUUUCUUUCCUACCUUGUAAAUCUUGCUUUUACAGAGGUUCCAGGAACUUGGAGAUGGAUGCUUGGAGUUUCAGGCAUACCUGCUGUCAUCCAGUUCUUCCUUAUGCUGUGUUUGCCUGAGUCUCCGCGAUGGCUUUUCAUGAAGAACGAGAAAGAUAAAGCCAUAGACGUGCUUUCUAAAAUUUAUGACAUUGCUCGAUUAGAGGAUGAAGUGAAUCACCUUUCUGCUGCAGAAGAAGAAGAGCUUCAAAGAAAACAAACCGUAAAAUACUUGGAUGUUUUUAGAACAAAAGAAAUUAGACUCGCCUUUCUGGCCGGGGCAGGACUUCAGGCUUUUCAGCAGUUCACUGGCAUCAAUACCGUGAUGUACUAUAGUCCGACAAUUGUCCAGAUGGCUGGCUUCAGUUCCAAUCAGCUCGCUCUUCUACUGUCACUCAUAAUCGCUGCCAUGAAUGCAGCAGGAACUGUUGUAGGCAUUUACCUUAUCGAUCAUUUCGGAAGGAAGAAGCUGGCUCUUUCGAGCUUAUCUGGUGUCAUUGUGUCCCUUGUCAUCCUUGCCUGGGCUUUCUUCGCCGAAACACCUGGUUCCUCUAAUGGAAUUUAUGGAUGGCUGGCAGUCAUUGGAUUAGCUCUUUACAUUGCAUUCUUCGCACCUGGAAUGGGGCCUGUUCCAUGGACUGUGAACUCGGAGAUAUACCCGGAGCAAUACCGAGGGAUAUGCGGGGGCAUGUCGGCUACCGUUAAUUGGAUUUCGAAUUUGAUUGUGGCCCAGACAUUUCUUACAGUCGCUGAAGCUGUAGGAACUGGCGUUACUUUCUUGAUCCUAGCUAGCAUAGCUUUGGUGGCAGUUGUUUUUGUGAGUGUGUAUGUGCCGGAGACGAAGGGAUUGACGUUCGUUGAAGUGGAACAGAUAUGGAAAGAAAGGGCUUAUGGCAGCGGUUGCAACACACAGAGCCUUCUCGAGCAAGGAAACCAAUCCUCCUAGUUGGUAUCGAAAUCCCACC